GUGGCACCAUGGCGACGUUAUUCGAAAGUCUCGUUUUACUCUUUCUGCCUCGUCACUGUUACGAGCAGUUCUUUCUACAGUUCGAUUUUUUUCACGUUGAAUGUUGGAAGAUGUUUAUUAGCCGGGCUCUAGGUUAUGGUGUCAUUCUAGGAUCAACAGGGGUGAAGUUGCCGCAGAUGAUCAAGAUUUAUAAUGCUGGCAGUGUGGGAGGUCUCAGUCUUACUUCCUUUUUGCUUGAAUUGAUGGCAGUUACAUGCACAAUGACAUACAACAUUGCCAAUCAUUACCCUUUCAGCACAUGGGGUGAGUCUUUCUUUGUUUCCCUUCAGUGUGCGGUGCUAGUUGUGAUGUACUUCUACUAUACCAACAACAAACUCUGUGCGGCAAUGUCUCUUCCAAUAUAUGUUUUCAUAACAUAUCUGCUGGGUUCUGGUAUCACACCUAUGGCAGUUCUCAUAAACCUUCAAGCUACUACCAUUCCUGUUAUGACGUUUAGCAAGUCAUUCCAGGUUUGGGCGAACUACAAGAAUGGAAACACUGGUCAGUUGUCUGCAAUCACAACGUUCCUCAAUCUGGCAGGAACCCUCGCUCGGAUCUUCACCACUCUUCAAGAAGUAAACGAUGCUCUUAUUCUUUUCUCAUUUAUCAUCAGCUCUACUUUGAAUGGAACCUUGGCCUUCCAAAUAGUGUACUACUGGAAUGUCAAAGUGCCCGAUGAGUCUAAAGACAAAUGAGUCUUGUUGUAUCUCUAGUGGGGACAACAUGUUUCUAUUAACCUAUGAUUUGACAUUACAUUCAGUUCGUUGUACUACCCACUAUGACAGUGAA